AUGUACCACCAUGUGCCACCUCGUGGAUGUGAGUAAUUUUUUGCAAAAUUUUUGAAUGGUCUUCUUGCAUCCAUCUAUUUACAAGUGGCUCAUGAAACUACAUUUACUAGUAGUAUUGAUGUUGUUCGAAAAUUAGAAAAAUAUGCUGCUGAUGGUUCUCUUAAACCUACAACGAAGCUUAUUACAGCUGAUGUUGAAAAUCUUUAUAGCAUGGUACCACGAGAAGGAGGCAUUGCUGCAUUAGUUCGAUUUUUGGACAAAUAUUCUAAAUACCGCAAGAUAGGUUCAUUUACUAUAGAUAUGAUUUUAAAAAUGGCUCGUCUAAUUUUGAAUACAAAUUAUUUUGCAUAUAAAAAUAAAUAUUAUGAACAGAAGCGUAGUGAAGCUAUGGGUUUAGCAAUUUACCCAAUUUUUUGCCAAUAUUUAUAUGUUAGAAUGGGAGCAGAAAUUAAUUGA